CAAUAGUACAAAAGUGAUCAUCAUGCAAAGAAAGUUAUAAAGGACUGGUUUUUAUGAAAAGAGAGUUUUAGGUUUACACGCCAAACUCUUUUUUCUUACUUUCCCAAUCGAUGCUAUGCUAACAUGGGCGACAAAGUAAACGACGUCGUUUCUUCUCCAUUAUUACUGACAGAAGAAACCAUCGCCGGAAACCUAACAUCACCACCGUCACUCUCCCCCACUCUACCUUUCGAUCUCAUUCCAGAAAUCCUCUGCAAACUCCCAGUGAAGCUCCUCCUUCAACUCCGAUGUAUCUGUAAGUCAUGGAAUUUUCUUAUCUCAGAUCCUAAUUUUAUCAAAAAGCAUUUUCGCCAGUCAACCACACACCUCGUUCACAUCCUAACCUACUCCGAGAACUUUCUCAAUUCUUACACAAUCGACUCUGUUUUGACCGAUCAAACCGCUAUAACCUCGAAACUCGAGUUUCGUAACCACCGUGGAGUUUCCUUUGUUGGCUCUUGUAAUGGCAUCCUCUGUUUUCUUGUUAAGAAGGAUUAUGAAAAUUUGAUUACUAUUCAAUUGUGGAACCCUUCCAUUAGAAAAUUGAAGGUAUUGCCCCCUUUUGAAAAGCCAGCUUUUAAGAUGUAUGGCUUUGGCCAUGAUCCUGUUAGUGAUAGUUACAAAGUUGUGGUUGUAUUAGAUGUACUUGAUGAUCGUCGUAAUUUAGUAGAAAAACAAAUAAAUGAUGUCAAAGUUCAUACUUUAGGUACAAAUUUAUGGAGAAACAUUCAGAAGUUGAAGUUCCCUUUUGUUAUUAAGCCUCUUCGGCGGUCGGGGAUAUAUGUGAGUGGCACAAUUAAUUGGUUGGUUAAAGAUCAUUUGUUGCUUAGAGAUUGUCCUAGGAAAAAUCAUUAUUUUGUUGUUUCUCUUGAUUUGAGAAACGAGUCUUAUAAAAAGAUUUUGCUGCCCUAUUAUGGAAAGGUGGGUGUGGGUGGAUAUAGUACUUUGCACUUGAGUGUUUUCAGAGAUUGCUUGUGCAUGAUUUCUAGGCAAGAUGUUUGGAUAAGGAAGGAAUAUGGAAAUCCAAACUCUUGGAUCAAAUUGUUAACAAUUUCUUACAUGCAAGAUCCUAGUACUUCUUGGGUUUUUACCAACGCAAUGCAUAUUUUUGAAGAUGGCCAAGUGUUCGUGAGGUCUGCAGGGGGUGGGAUAGGGAAGUUGGUUGUUUACAAUUCUAAAAACGAAAGUUUUGAGUUACCGUUUCCGUCUGAAAACACCUUAGAAAUCUGCGUUGAAAGUUUAAUAUCACCUUGUUCUUAAUGCUAGAAUGUAGAUGUGGCGUUAUGCUAGUAUGUUCUUAUCUGUUUAUGUAAGACAGACCCUACAGACUUUUGUUUUCUUAUCAUGCAUUUCAUUUUAUAUAUUUCACCAUCA